AAAUCCAACAAGAUGUUCAAGUUCUUCGCCGUUGCCCUCUUCGCCCUGAUUGCCUGUGUUGCCGCCAAGCCCGGACUCGUGGCUCCUCUGGCCUACUCCGCUCCUUUGGUGGCUGCUGCUCCGGCGGCUGCGGUAUACAGCCGGGAAUACCACGGAAACUUCGCAGCUCCCUACGUGGCAUCUCCCUAUGUGGCUUCUCCCUACGUGGCUUCUCCCUACGUGGCGUCUCCCUAUGUGGCGUCUCCCUAUGUGGCAUCUCCUUAUGUUGCUGCUCCCUACACCGCUCCUCUGCUGCUGAAGAAGUAG